AUGAUCUCCACUAGGCUCACCCGCCUGGGUGCGCUGGGCACCAAGUCCCGAGUUCUGCUCGGCUCUCGCAGCCUGGCCACCGUUGCCGACUCGCCUCUGGACAAGAAGGUUGAGAUGACCAACUGGGAAAAGGGCAACUACAUCAACUACAAGAAAAUGUCCGAGAACCUCGACAUUGUUCGCAGCCGUCUUAACCGACCUCUUGCCUAUGCCGAGAAGAUUCUCUACUCUCACUUGGACGACCCCCACGGUCAGGAGAUUGAGCGUGGAUCUUCCUACCUCAAGCUCCGCCCCGACCGUGUUGCUUGCCAGGAUGCCACUGCCCAGAUGGCUAUCCUUCAAUUCAUGUCGGCUGGCAUGCCCUCCGUCCAGACCCCUUCCACUGUUCACUGUGACCACUUGAUUGAGGCCCAGUUGGGUGGUGACAAGGAUUUGGCUCGCGCCAACGACAUUAACAAGGAGGUCUACGACUUCCUUUCUUCUGCCUGUGCUAAGUACAACAUCGGUUUCUGGAAGCCCGGUUCCGGUAUCAUCCACCAGAUCGUCUUAGAAAACUAUGCUUUCCCCGGAGGUCUGAUGAUCGGUACUGACUCUCACACCCCCAACGCCGGUGGUCUCGGUAUUGCCGCUAUCGGUGUCGGUGGUGCUGAUGCUGUCGAUGUCAUGGCUGGUCUCCCCUGGGAGUUGAAGGCCCCCAAGGUCAUUGGUGUCAAGCUUACCGGCCAGUUGUCUGGCUGGACUUCGCCCAAGGAUAUCAUCCUGAAGGUCGCCGGUCUUCUCACCGUCAAGGGUGGUACUGGUGCCAUCAUUGAAUACCACGGUCCUGGUACUGAGUCUCUCUCUUGCACUGGUAUGGGCACCAUCUGUAACAUGGGUGCUGAAAUCGGUGCUACUACCUCUCUCUUCCCGUUCAACGACCGCAUGUACGACUACCUCAAGGCCACCAAGCGCCAGCAAAUCGGUGACUUCUCCCGUGAGUACGCCAAGGAGCUCCGUGAGGACCCAGGUGCCGAGUACGACCAGUUGAUCGAGAUCAACCUGUCUGAGCUUGAGCCUCACAUCAACGGUCCCUUCACUCCCGAUCUGGCCACCCCAAUCUCCCAGUUCAAGAAGGCUGUUGAGACCAACAAGUGGCCCGAGGAGCUCAAGGUCGGUUUGAUCGGCUCUUGCACCAACUCUUCUUACGAAGACAUGUCCCGCGCUGCUUCCAUUGCCCGUGAUGCCUUGAACCACGGUAUCAAGGCCAAGUCUCUGUUCACCGUCACUCCUGGUUCUGAGCAGAUCCGCGCUACCAUCGAGCGUGACGGUCAGCUCCAGACCCUUGAGGAGUUUGGUGGUGUCGUUCUCGCCAACGCCUGCGGUCCUUGCAUUGGACAGUGGGACCGAAAGGACGUCAAGAAGGGCGAAGCCAACUCGAUUGUCUCUUCUUACAACCGUAACUUCACUGGCCGUAACGAUGCCAACCCUGCUACUCACGCUUUCGUCACCUCUCCCGAUCUCGUCGUCGCCUUGACCAUUGCCGGAACUCUCAACUUCAACCCUCUCACCGACAAGCUCAAGGACAAGGACGGCAACGAGUUCUUGCUCGCUGCUCCCACCGGUGAUGGUCUUCCCGCCAACGGAUACGACCCCGGCCGCGACACUUACCAGGCUCCUCCUGCUGACCGCUCGUCUGUCCAGGUGGCUGUUGCACCUACCAGUGACCGUCUUCAAGUGCUCUCUCCCUUCGAGGCAUGGGACGGCAAGGAUAUCGAGGGCAUUCCCAUCCUGAUCAAGACCCAGGGCAAGACCACCACCGAUCACAUCUCGAUGGCCGGUCCCUGGUUGAAGUACCGUGGUCACUUGGACAACAUCUCCAACAACAUGUUGAUCGGUGCCACCAACGCUGAGAACGGCGAGGCCAACAAGGUCAAGAACGCUGUCACCGGCGAGUAUGGCCCCGUCCCUGCUACUGCCCGUGACUACAAGGCCCGUGGCAUCAAGUGGGUUGUCAUUGGAGACUGGAACUACGGUGAGGGUAGCUCUCGUGAGCAUGCUGCCCUUGAGCCCCGUCACCUUGGUGGUCUUGCCAUCAUCACCCGUUCUUUCGCCCGUAUCCACGAAACCAACUUGAAGAAGCAGGGUAUGCUUCCUCUUACCUUCUCCGACCCCGCCGACUACGACCGUAUUCCUACCGAUGCCAAGGUCGACCUUCUUUGCACACAGCUGGCUGUUGGCAAGCCCAUCACUCUCCGUGUCCACCCCAAGGACGGCAAGACCUUCGAUGUUGAGCUCUCACACACCUUCAACGAGUCUCAGCUCCAAUGGUUCAAGGACGGAUCUGCCCUCAACACCAUGGCCAAGAGCUCCAAGGCUUAA